AUGCUUCGUUUCUCCAGUCUUAUGGUGGUCUUUCUUUUUUGUGUUGUGCCCUCAUAUGCUGUGAAAGUUGUGGAAGCUGAUGCCAUUUGUAAGAAUGUCACCACCAAUCCUUCAUUUUGUUUAACUCUUCUCAAAUCAAAGCAUGGUGCAGAUCUCGUUACCCUUGCUCAAUACACUAUUGAUGUGGCACGUAUUAACGUGACCAACAUUGUCAAUCUAAUCAAAAAACUAAUUCCUCAAACUGGUAAUGACCGCGAGGCAAAAAAUUAUUAUGAGAAUUGUUUGAGUUCAUUUGGGUCAAAUGGCGGGGCUCUUAGUACACUUGUGAGAGGUGAACAAUAUUUGAAGAAUGGUGACUACGUUGGGUUUGGAGUGAAAGUCAGUGGUCUCUUUGCUGAGUAUCUAUCCUGUGUUGAAACAGAUUCACCAACUGACCCUCCUUAUCCUGAUAAAUCUUUGCUCCCAAAAUAUGCCGGAGUUUUUCAUGAUGUUGUUGAAAUUAUGAAUGUUAUAUCACUUUAUUUAACAGAAUAG